AUGGAACACGCGCGUCCUCCGGGUGAAUUAAUGGUCGAAGGUGGUCCAGCCGCGCGCGCCGACGCGAGGCGAAAAUGGCGGAAACAGUUUGAGGCGUUUCUCAUAGCAUCCGGGGUGAGCAAGGAGUCUGAAGAGAUUCAGGUCAGUUUGUUGGUUAACCUCAUCGGUCUGAGCGGCUACGAGAUCUUUAGUACAUUCACAUAUCUCAAGGAUGAAAGUGAACAUAACCUUAAAUGUCUCUUGACAAAAUUUGAUGCGCACUUUGGUACCAAACCUAAUAUCACAAUGUCAAGGUUUAAGUUUUUCUCACGCAAUCAAGAGCAAGGUGAAACAAUUGAUCAAUUUGUGACGGCGUUGCGGUUGCUAAGUCAAAAUUGUGUCUUUGGGGAUCUAACUGAUAGCUUGAUCAAGGAUCGGAUAGUGUGUGGAAUAGCGAGCAACACCGUCCGAGACCGUCUGCUGCGGACCGACGACCUCAGUUUGGCGAAGGCAGUGCAACAGGACGGAGCACGGGGCCGCGGCAGCUGGCGGGGCAGGCGCUGGGCCACGCCGCGCGACGCUUGCGCCUCCUGCGGCUACUAUAGGUGUGCUGGAGGGGACAAGUGCCCAGCACAUAGUGCUUCGUGUUUUGUGUGUGAUAAAAAAGGUCAUUUUGCGAAAAUGUGUGUCCAUCGUGGGCAAAAAGUGAUGAAUCUCAGUGUCGAGGAUGAUUCUAGUGAUGAGUUGUUUUACGUUAACACUCUUGAGGAUAACAAGGACCAUAACAAUAAGGAAUGGUUUGAGAUUUUUGUAUGCAACGGUAAGAAUAUUUCAUGUAAAUUAGAUACAGGGUCGUUGCUAAAUGUAUUACCUAAAAGUUUAUAUUUGCAGUUAGGUUAUUCUCUGAGCAAUUUAAGACCAUUUCAUAAAAGAGUUCACUCAUUUACAGGAAACAAUAUAGCUAUUGUAGGAGAAACAAACAUUCAAUUAUUUUAUAAAAAUACAGCGUACAUCUUAUCGUUUGUUAUUGCUGAUUUUCAAUGUCAAAGUGUUAUUGGUUUAGGCGCAUGCAUUCACAUGAACCUAAUAAACAGAGUGAACAGUAUAAAUAUUAAUAGACAAUAUAAUGAUUUGUUUCAUGGGCUAGGUAAAUUGCCUGGAAAAUACACUAUUUCUAUAGACGAAUCCGUUCAGCCAGUUGUAUGUUCUGCGAGAAAAAUACCGUUAGGUAUGCGUGAUAAACUCCUCUGUGAGUUACAAAGAAUGAUGGACCUCGGUGUAAUUAGGAAGGUGACUCAUCCGACCAAUUGGGUGAAUGCUGGCGAUAUUCGUUUGUGCCUCGACCCGCGACCAUUAAACCGCGCCGUGCGCCGCGCGCACUACGCGCUGCCGACAGUGAGCGAGCUGGCGGCGCGCCUGCGCGGGGCGGGCUGGUUCAGUCUGCUAGAUGCCCGCUCCGGCUUCUGGAUGAUCGAGCUGGAUGAUGCGAGCGCGGACCUCUGCACGGCCGCAGCACGCCGUUUGGCAGAUACCAAUUCUUACGCCUACCGUACGGUGUCAACUGCGCUAGUGAGGUAUUUCAUGCUAAAAUUCGUCAAUACUUAG